AUGAAGGCAUCAUGGUCCCACUCUGUGGUGGCCAAGUCAUACUCUCUUGUGGCCGUAGGCGGAGACGGGGAUGUCCGAAUGUGCACGAGCACCACCAACAACUGCACCUUGUCCCACCUGCACUGUGGGCAGCUUUACAACGUUAACAUAACUGCUUCGGCCGGAGACUGCGUCAGCCUGGCCAGCCAGCAGGUCACCUUCCACACGGUGCCCUGUGAACCUCAGGACUUUAAUGUGGCCAUGCACUGUGAUACCAGGACAGCCACACUCUCAUGGGCCGAGAACCAUGAAUCUCUGAAGUACUUCGCAUUGGCCCAAACAGACGAUGGGUAUACACUUCACUGUGAGACCACUGGUACUUCCUGUACCAUCCAGGGUUUGACUUGUGGGACAGUGUAUAACUUCAGUGCCCAGGCCACAGCUGGGAACUGUAACGGCUCGCUCAGUGUGCCAGUACAGCGGGGCGCAGUCCCAUGUCCUCCUGCCAACGUGAGGGUGAGGACCCAUCUGAUGGGCGAUGCAACUCUACUCAUGACCUCCUGGAGUUCUGUGAGCUGUCCUGAUGUCAGCUACCUGGUGCAGGUGACUGGGCAUAUCCAGAACAACCCUCAGAUGCUCAUGGAAGUGUCAUCCUAUUGGACCGGCCGCAAAUUCUUUGAGAUUCCUGUGCCUUGUAGUACCUCUUACUAUGUGGAGGUCCUUGCGCAAAAUUCAGCUGGGACCAGCAGACCAUCUCAGGCUGUUAAUGGUACCACAGUUUCCUGUCCUCCAAUGGAUGUCCCUUUCUCAGGCCAAAUCCAAAAUCGACGAAAAAGAGAUUUAAGAGGAGCCAAGAUUUUAGCAGGACUGACCCUUGAUGAGCUGUCUGUCCCUGAAGUGAGGGUUACACUCGGCGAGGAGCUGUCCCUGCAGGUCGAGUGGUCUCCCGUGAGGGAGGCCAUGUCCUACACAAUGAUUUGGAGUGAGGAUACCACACCUCAAGCUAUGAAAGAGGUUCUGUACAUCUAUGAUCAGACUUCUGCAGUUCUACGUGACCUUAAACCUGAUACUCGCUACUGUGUCAUCCUGUCUGCCAACAACCAAAGCGCCUAUUCCAAGCCUGUGUGUGUCACCACUGGGGUCUCUGGAUAA